GCUCCAUCAUCUCCAUUGGCGCCAAAGAUUAAGUUUAGAAGUUCCGGAACUUUUCCCGCGGUAUCAAGAUGGAGAAAAGGACGAAAGAAUACCAAACUCCUCUGAGAGAUCAAGCUGCGAAUCGUAGAUCAAAGAAGCCUCUGAAGAUCACCAAGAGUUUGACUGCCACAUUUUCAUCAUUUUGCGACGAUAAAAUCCAGCCAAUUUUGAAGGAAGACUUUUCUCCGAUUUCCGUUGUCUCAAACAUCAGUCAAAUUCCUGAUAUCGACAGUAGUUUCUUGCAAGAUGUCAAUCCAGCUCUUUCAGUUUCCUGCGAGAGCUCGCUUUUCCCCGAACUUUCUCCAUCUUCAGUUGUUACUUUUGACAAUAAGCAGCUUGACAAGGUUCCAGUUAAUUUUGGUGGAUCUAAUAAUUUAGAUGAAGCAAGCGCGGGUUCAGUGGAGGCGGAGAUUGCCGUGAAUUACUUAAGGCGUGCUCUUAGUCAAGUCUUGCAAUCGACGGAUGUUGAUCAUCAGUCUAAGAAGCUGAUAGAUGCAUCCGUGAGGAUCAUUGUGGACGAAUUUCUCGCCAUACCUCAAGAGAGAGACCUGAUUACUCGGCUUAUUUCUUCCAAAAGUCAUGUUCUGUCUCUAGGUUUAUUCCUAUGGAUCAUCGUCUUGGUAUUGGCUUUCUUUUCUGGUUCGGGAGUCGAGAACUGUUUCAUUGGUCCACUGCCAACUUAAACUUGCGAAGAUACUCCUUGAUCUAACAUUAGAGGUUAGAUCUUAAUCGAUUUUUUUUCAUGACAGGUAUAUAUGCCUUCUUAUACUUCGAUACCUUUGAAUUGGACUGUUUCAUCUUCUUACAUUAGAAACCUGCUGAACCGUGAAAGUUUGUUGUCAAAAGUUAACCGUACAUUAGCCUCGCAUUUGGCAUACUAUGAUUUAAUGUUUGAUAUUUUCAUAAACCUGUGGGUGAACAUAUGGUCUUCAUUUUUUUUUAAUCCUUUACGCGUUAUGAUUUACUGGCAUAACUGCUUAUUAGUCAGUCUUCACUCUCUUAUUUAACUGAAGCGAAUAUUUAAGUGUGUUUUCAUUUCCAUAAGUUAUAUUCUGCGCGACGAAAUCAGGACAGAUUCUUUUGAAUUCGAAACUACGACGACAUGACUGAGGGAAGAUCCAAACUGCUCUGAAUUCUUGAAGAUCUAGUUGCAGUGAUGAAGAGUCGGGUCUGAUUUGCUAUUCAACAACGAUUUAUGGUAAACAGAAAGAUUGCUUAUUUCAAUAAAUGUGAAGGCAAAUGACAACCAGCCAGUGGCGUCCUGACCACCAGCCUUUUUUCUGAUGACCCGCAUGCAUGCAGCUGCCAGUAAAGAACCUAAAGCUAACUUGUGGUACAUGGGAAUGGACGUGUACGGACAAAAAGAUUCACUACAGCUUUAAAUGCAAUACAUUGAAGACUCAGAUGGCAAAGAAAAUUCAGACGGAACUGGGUGGGGCUUAAAGUCAACCAUGUGGAAAUGCGUUUUCCCCGAUUGAUUGAUUGAUGGAUGCAUUGAGUAUCCAUCCAAAGUUUGUAAGUCUGUUCAUCGCACGCGUGUACAUUUUGCAUUGGACGCCGCUAGUUCAUACCUAUCA